CUUCAUAGUCCCACGCGCCACCAGAAGCAGUGCAUUGGCGUCACGAAAACCACCAGUUCAAUGUCUGGAAGAGUGUCGAGCAGCGCCUUUGCGGCAAGAAACUCGCCAUGGGGCGCAGUCACCCGAGCAGCGGGGCUGCCGGGGUUGCAGCGACGAUGCUUCUCCUCAUCCCCUAGUCAUCAAGCGGUCCAUGUUGUUUCAUUCUCCGAAACGUCUUCCCGCGAACUUGACGAUGUUCUCUCAACCAUCCGACAAAAGAUUAUCCUCCCCUCGUACCUACGGAUGGAGCAGCGCAAUAAAUUGUACGACCACAAGUACGAGAAGAAGCUCCAGGCCGACCCAGUAACCAUGGAGAUCGAUGAAAACGUCCUCAAGUUCUAUUACACAAAUAUCUAUGAGCUUCCCAACACGAGGGAGGUGGUGUUCCAGGCAAUCGACAAGAUGAAGACAACCGAAGACUGGGAGAACCUCCCCCGGCUCCUCGAGGGCGUCUGUGUCCAUGCCGGCCGCAAACUCCGGUUCUACGACUACCCGAAAAUGGUGAGGAAGGCGGGCAUGCACGGGUGCAUCGGCAUCAUCUUUGCCUGCGUGCGCCAGGCGAAACGGACCGGUUUCAAGCUGUCCUCAUCCGAGACGGUGAACGAGCUACUGGUGUGGGUUCAGAAGGGGGCAGUCGAGAGUGGCUGGGACCAGACCGCGACGGAAUCGGCCUUGGCCUGGACGGACAGAGUGAUCGAAACCCUGGAGGACGAGAAGCACCAGCCCAAGAGGAGGCGCGGGGAGAAGGAUCUGAAGGCGUAUCCUCUGUUCAGGGACCCCCAGGUCCUGGCCGCUCGUCUGCAUCUGGCCGCCGCGCUAGCUGCGAAACAUCACGGCGGAGAGGAUGUCGGCGGACGGGUCGCAAAGUACGCCAAAGAGCUGGUCUCCCUAUGGCCGGAAGGGAAUGGUCUUAUGGAACUGCACUCCCCUGAAGCGUACGAGGAGAGGAAGGAGUUGCGGUAUCUGCAGAACCCCAACGAGUUCCUGUGGUAUGCGGCUCCGAUACUGAGCGGCCUGAAAACAGCUGCCCAAGUCGUUGAGCCGGUGCUGGCUGAGCAACUGAGGCAAAGGAGCACGCCGUUGGAGAAGGAAGUUGAGGCGGCGUGGGCGGACGAAAAAAGGAUUCCAGCAGGAAGAGGAGAAGACAUGUACAUCAAGCUCUUCGGCGCACGGGAUGCCUAGGGAGCGUUUUGGGGACGGACUAUAUAUUGUAACAUUAUUUGUUCUGUGCCGAGCAUCUUACGGCAAGACUAUGUACUUCUGCAACCGCUCGGGGAUGGCCGAGAGUAGAUUCUUCUCUGUAAGCCACUGCUUCGAGAAGAGCCUGUCCGCAUACCGGUAUGCGCCGUCGCAAAGCAUGGUGACAACGGUGUGGCCCUUCCC